UGGCUAAUAUGGUGGAAAUAGCCAAGAAUCUCGGCUUUCAAGAGGGAAAGGAGGAAGGAGGGAAAGGGAGAAUCUGCGAGAAGCACCAGGAGCCCCUGAAGCUCUUCUGCAAAGUCCAUGAAGCCCCCAUCUGCCUGGUGUGUGACAGAUCCAAGGAACAUGAAAAUCACAAGGUGAUUCCUCUGGAGGAGGCUUCCGAGGAAUACAAGGGAGAGAUCUGUCACCGCCUGGAGAUUCUGAGGAAAGAGAGAGGAAAUUCUGGCCUAUCGAGCAGAUCUGGACAAGGAAAGCAAAGACCUCCUGCAAGAGCAAAUUAGGUAAUGUUACGGAAAAAUCCCGGGUGCGGAGUUGUCCUGUCACCCAGCUCGUCGGACAAAGUCCGCGGGUCCUAGCGGAGAAAAUAAGCUCAGCCGGACGCAG